AUGGACGCCUCCAACAGCAAGACCAAGCCCGACACCAGGGCCCAGCGCACCGCCGCCGCGGACGCCCUGGCCAACGACAACGCCCAGGGCUAUGGCACGUACGGCUACAAGGACGUGACCGAUCAGGGAGACGAUAUGGAUACUUCCCAGCAGGCCACUACUACCGGAUUCACUGGCAACACGUCCUUCGGAGCUGGAGGAGCGGGCGCUAGAUGUGCCGGAGCUGGGGGAGCGGGAGCUAGGGGAGCCGGAGCCGGAGGUGCCGGAGCAGGAGCUUACGAUGCUGGAGGUGCUGGAGGUGCUGGAGCCGGAGCUGGAGGUGCUGGAGCGGGCGCUGGAAAAGCGGGAGCUGGGGGAGCGGGAGCUGGAGCAGGAGCCCACGACGAAGGCAUCAAAGGCAUCGAGGACCAGGACUCGAAGCGGGAGAAGGUCGAAAGCGAGGGCAAGGAGAGCACCACCAGCACCACCACCGGCCUCUCCGCCACGCUCCGUAAGUUCCAGAAUAACAUCGACGAGGUGCGCGGGCGGAUGGCGUCGAAGCCGCAGAAGAGCGCACAGGCUGGAGACCGUGAGGGCGCUGGAGUCAAGGAUAAGAAGGAUCAGGCUCAGGUUGAGGGACAGGGGCAGGGACAGGUUCCGGUUCAGAAUCAGGGACAUGGUGCACAGCAGGACGAUGAGGAGGAGGAGGAGAUGUUCCGGUAUGGGAAGCAUGUCUGA